UAGGCCAUUUUAUUUUUGUGAAAAUGUUCCCUGGGUUCUUGAAAAAGAAAAUCAAAGAGAAAAAGAAGGGAGUAAUAUAUGGCAACGUUGAAGGACCAUAUCGCAAUGAAGAACCGGAAUAUCUAAAGCUGGUCGAAAUUUACAGAGGGGAUAUUCGACUUCGUUUGAUUCCGAAACAAAUUUUACACUUGCUGUUUUUAAUCGGUGAAAGCGAAAAAGAAAAAAUAAGAAAAAUUGGAGAUAUUGAUCCAGCACUUGCAACAGACCAGCUUCUGGAUUGUAUAAAGUCUUCAUCAGAUCCAGGUCGAUGGCGCGAGUUCCUAAAUGCUCUUGAGAAAUCCAAAUUUAUUAGUCUCCUGAAGAAAAUAAGACGCCAAGAUGUUGACGAUGACACGGAACAAAGAAAUUACGUAUCAGUAAUGAUGCCACAGCUUCGAGAAAUGAUUAAUCCUCGAGAAAUAAUGGCACAUCUUUUGUACCAUGAUCUCUUGAUAUCGGACGACAAGGAAGAAAUAGAAUGCGUGAUGAACAACAAAGGAGCCAUUGAAGCUUCGGAAAUGUUACUGGAACGAGUGUCUGGAAAACAUUCGAAUUGGUAUCCAGUACUUACAAAACUGUUUAUGAAGCAUGGACACACGGGCGCUGGGAAUAUGCUCUUGGAUGGUUUGUGCAAAGGUUAG